GUCCGCAUCGCGCGAGCCGGCAGUGUCGCUUGGAGCGGGUCGGCAAGAUGAUCGACACCCUCACCGGCGCGCAUCCCACGUACAGUACGCUCGUGCAGACGACGGACAUCGGCGCGAGACGUUAAUAAGAGUACGCGUUAAGAGUACGUUCGCGGCGCGCCGUCCUCCGAGGCGUCGUCGCGUCGUUGCUGAUAUGACCACGUUUCCCGUCAACACGUUGUCAUCGUCGUCGCGCCUCGUGCCGCAGCAACCAAUCCGGAAGUCGGCGACGACGGUGCCACGAUAAAAGCGGGCGGCCGGCCGCGUGAACGGACACCGUCGCAGCUGGAGGCAGCCAGAACGGGGGUUGCGGCGCGGACACCGCAUCGCGCGAUGCUGGACCUCAAGAGCAGCGGGACCACCGCGGCGGAGCUACCACGCACCACGGCGUUCACCAAUCUAUCCAUGCUGUUCGCCGAUGCUGGCAGCUCUUACAAGGGAGGCUGGAGCCACGCCACAUCGCCGGCACCUGGUCAGGGCUAUGGAAGCGGCUUAUCGAAAUCAGCAUUGGACACGCACAGCCAUCUCAGGCAGCCUGAUCCCUACCAAAUGUUCGGGGCGACGAGCAGCCGGCUCGCGAGCUCCGGUUCCGGUCAGAUACAGCUCUGGCAGUUUCUACUCGAGCUUCUGUCGGACUCGAGUAACGCCGCGUGCAUCACGUGGGAAGGAACCAACGGCGAAUUCAAGUUGACCGACCCCGACGAAGUGGCGAGACGAUGGGGCGAGAGGAAGUCCAAGCCUAAUAUGAAUUACGACAAACUGUCGAGGGCACUGAGGUACUACUACGACAAGAACAUCAUGACGAAGGUGCACGGCAAGAGGUACGCAUACAAGUUCGACUUCCAGGGGCUGGCGGCCGCGACGCAGCCGGCGGCGGCCGACCCGGCAGCGUACAAGUACCAGAGCGAGCUGUUCAUGUCCGGCUACGGGCAUGCCAAGCUGAACCUCAUGCCGCCACCGGCAGCGUCGGUUUCGGUUUCUGUUCCCGGUGGCCUGUUUCAAUCGGCGUCGAGCUACUGGUCGACGAGCCCGGGCGCCAACUUGUAUGCCGGCCAUCACACGGCCUCCGGACACGUGCCACCACAUCUCGGCACCUAUCCGCAUUACGCAUGACCCGCCGCCGAGCACUGGGGUGCUGCCCUGGGCACGCCGCGUUGAAGGGUUUUUACCGGAAAGAAAA